AUGCAUCUUGUGUCACAAUCAGCCUUAAUUGCGCUGUCAUUUGCUUUGGCUGAUGCAACAACUUUCGAGUCGGCAUCGCAAGCUCUGCAACUGGACUGGGACACCAUCACCCCCAGUGGCGACCUGGUCUAUCACGACUGUUACGAUGGGCUUCAGUGCGCGCGCCUAGAGGUCCCUCUUGACUGGACCAAUAGCACCGACACUCGGACUGCCGUCAUUGCCAUUGCCAAACUCCCUGCUGUAGUCUCUGACAAUGAUCCCAGUUUUGGCGGAAGUAUCUUUGUGAAUCCGGGAGGGCCAGGAGCUUCAGGUGUUUCUUUCGUUCUCUCGGAUGGGCAUGAUUUGCAGCAAUAUGUCGAUAAGCCUGGUCGCCGCCACUACGAGAUUGUCUCGUGGGAUCCCCGUGGGAUCGGCCGCACGACUCCAAGCUCCGACUGCUUCCGCUCUGAUGCCGUGUCUCGCAGUGCGUGGCAGCUUGAGGCCCGUGGAAACGGUGGGCUGGACAAAGGCCUUGACCCAAUCAAAUAUGGCCUCGCAAUGGCAAAAGCUUUGUCUCAGCGAUGCAAGGAUUCGGAGCAUCAGUGGGGAGAUGCAAUGGCGUUUGUGAAUACUCCUAGCGUGGCUCGGGAUAUGGUCCAGAUGGUGGAUAAAAUCGAUGAAUUGAGAAAACGUGAGGGCGUCAGCAAAGCACAUGACGAGCCCCGUCUAGAGCUCAAGAAGCGGACUGAGGAAGAUGAUGUGCCGCGCCUGCAGUACAUUGGCUUUUCCUAUGGCACGGCCCUUGGCAACUACUUUGCGAGUUUAUAUCCCGGCCGUGUCGGGAGGAUGGUGCUUGAUGGAGUAGUGAAUGCAGAUGAUUAUGCAAAUGGUCCUGGCUGGCUUACGAACCUCCACGACACGGAUGAAAUCUUGGAGGAAUUUUGGCGAGGCUGCCACCAAGCCGGUCCAUCUACUUGCGCCCUUGCUUCUGACUCAGACGGUUCUGCGUCUGAGAUCAAAGCCAGAUUCUGGUCUUGGGUGGCCGAUCUCGACGACAUUCCAAUACCCGCACUGUCUUCUACAGGCACUAUAGUCGUCAUCACCGGCGAUGAUAUCCGUAAACUUGUUGGCUCUUCCCUCUACGAUCCCAUUCGGACCUUUAAGCUCCUCUCAACAACGCUUCAGCAGGCUAUGGCUGGCAACACGACCGGCCUCGUCAGUAACCUGGUAAAGCUUGGCCAUGUGCCGAAUCUAGACACCAUCUGCUCCGAGAAUAAUGGCACUAAGCCAGCUUCUAUUCUUCCUGAAUCUCAGUCUGCUGUCAUUUGUGGCGACGGUGAUGAUAUUACUGACAAAGACGCUAGUUGGUGGUACAAGUAUGUUCAGCGCCAAGUGAGCAAGUCAAAGCUGUAUGGAAGUUAUUGGGCCAAUAUUCGCUUCAGCUGCUCUAGUUGGCCGUUUCGCCCCAAUUUAUCGUUCAAGGGCCCUUUCACAACCCCCAAAGCGUUUCCCAGCUUAGCUGCGGGACAUCCAGCUGCUCCUCUGUUGUUUCUAAGUCCCCGCCUGGACCCCGUUACACCACUGAACUCGGCCCGCGCAAUGGCUGCUAACCACCCUGGCGCGGCAGUUGUCAUUCAAGAAUCCAUGGGCCAUUGUGUUAUUGGCACUGCUCCAAGUGACUGCACCAAGGCUAUUGUGGCUGACUAUUUCGAAUCCGGAACUGUUCCAUCAGAGGAAAUAGCAUGCAAAGCACAGUGUGGGCCAUGGGAUGACAACUGCAGUGGCUAUUCUCCUGCAGCUGUAAGCAUCAGUGAGUCUACAAGCUGGCAAUUCCGGGGCAAUCCAAUCCUCUUUCUAUAG